AUGUGGCGACAACUCAAGGCAAAGAAAGAUAACAUCAAUUAUAAGUCACCGAGUAUGAUCCAAGCUAUGAAGAAAGCAGAAGAGAAGAGGAGAGCGGACGCAGCGAAAGCAUUGGAGCAAGCUGAAAAACGGAAGAAGAGGGCAGAGUCGAGGAUUCCACCUCAGGAGCUUCAAAACCAGGAGGAGGUCAGAACGGUUGCGGCGGAAGCGAUGGUGGUCGAUUCAGGGACUGGUGUUGAGGAGAACAGGGGAGAUCGGGACGAGGAAGUAGACGAACUAGACGGUGGCCAUACCCCAAAGGGCCAAGACGGUGAAGAUUCAUCAGACGAAGGAUCCUCCAGCUCGUCAGACGAAGACCCAGACUCCUUCUUGUACGGACAGGAGAUACCGAUUCCGAAACCCAGCAAGGAAAGACCUGAUAAAGGGAAGGCGAGGAAAGUUUCGUCAGACAAGUACUCAGAGGAAGAAGGCGGUGAGAAGGUCAAGAGAGAAGGGGUGAGAGUGCCGGGUGAACUCAUUGAGAAAAACCAACGAUUCCCACUAGGACCUCCCAAGGGUGACACUCAGGUGCCAGGACCGUCGGGUAAACCCGCUCAAAAAUCCUUGAUGGAUAGGUUGGUAGGGCCGGUACAAUCUGGCCAGACGAGAGAUGUGAGGAGAUUGAGGAAGGAGAUUGAUUCAUUUGAGCUGGAGAAAGAGGAGGUGGCGGAGCAGAAGAGGAAGAGGGUUAAGGAGGAGAAACGGAGGGAGAAGGAAGGAGAAAAGAGAAGGAAGAAGGGGAGGGGUAGUAAAGGAAAGAAAGAGAAGUCUAAAGAGAAGUCUAAUAAGAAAAGGAAACACUCGAACCCUUCUUCUGACGAUGAUUCUUCAUCUUCAUCCUCGGACCAAAGUGAUGGAGAAUUGGAGGACUCCAAUUUUGGUCGUUCUUCAUCUUCUGCGUUGGAAAGCGACUCCUCAGACGGCUCGGUACUCUCGAAGGAGAGUAAGAAGAAAGGAGGAAAGGACAAACCGAUUGCCUUCGCCUUCAAGUCCUUAUCCGGCUUCGACCUCCCUGAUUUACCUAUUCAGUGGGAGAAGAAUUUUCGCCGGAUGAAAUACUUUGUCCCUCUCUCGGUAUUCGAUGCGUCCUACAUUGACGCGUACUGGACGACCUGCAAGACCAAGGCGGGGAAGUUGAAAUGGGAUAGUUACAUGCAGUCGCGGUGGAGGCAGGCCAAGAAGCAACGAGGCGGCAAUAGAGGCCGUUCGAACUUCUCAAAGCCAUACUUCCUGCAGAGCGUACCGAGUACCAGUGCCGUCCAGUCUCAAAAGAGAGAUUCCGGUGGUGGGAAAGAGUGGGUUGCCUUGGGGCAACAGCACGCGAGUAAUGUGGCUUCCGGCCCGAGUAGAGCGGCAAAGAAGAACCCAAAGAGCUUUAGUUCAAAUGAACGGUGA